CACCAUGGCCGCGUCCUUAUGCACGACGUGGGAAAGCAAUACUUCAUGGUGUGGGAACCCAUCACCGGCAAGCUGUGCCGAAUUUCGAAGCCCUCAUCGUUCAGCCCCUAUCAGAUGACAUUGACAGCUGCAGCAAUUGUUUGCGCUUCCACCGACAGAGGCCACAUACACGGUGCUUGCCACUCGGAUCCCUUCCAGGUGGUCGUAGUAGCUGGAGACAGUGAACGAUUUUAUGGCUGUGUUUACUCAUCAGAGACCAGGGCAUGGGGCAAUUUGUUCUGGAUAAUGCGGCCGCCGCAAAUCAGGACAACCCGUGCUACCUAUGGUAGCCAACUUUUCAGGAAUUCCAUUUGCUUGUUGCUUAUUGAAGAGAAGAUUGCCAUCCUUGAGUUUGAUUGGUCUAGACAAAACCUAGUAAUCAUUGAUGUACCGUAUGCACUCGACUUCUAUGACUUUUUCACUGCCAGGUCCCAAUUCUUGAUUAAGCUGUCUGAUGGUGGUGGUCUCAGCUUCGUGGCUCAAAAGGUCUUUACUGUACAUGUAUGGAAGAGGACGUCUGAUGGUGAUGGUGUUGCAACAUGGAUGCUUGUGAAUACUAUUGAUCUGAGCAGCGUUCUUUCUCUUGGGCUGCCAGAGGAUUUGUGGAUGCACCUAGUAAUACUAGCGUCGGAUGGUGAUGGUAAUGUGCUUUUCAGAAAGACUAGUAGUCGAGUUGUCUACGUGGUGAAUCUUGAGUCAAGGAAGGUUAAGAAACUUCCUAAAACAUAUCCCUUCAAAGUUGGUCAUCCAUUCUCAAGUUUCUACACCCCAGGUAUGCAUCUUAAUACUGGACAUGAUAAUGAAGUUCAAAAAAUUUCUGGAGCAUAAAAUGAUUGUCUGGAAUAUGAUACC